AUGCCAGCGAAAACCAAGAAACAACAGAACAGACCAGAAGAAUCCAACUCAAAGCUUAGCAGAAUGCUUAUGGGAUAUUCCAACGAUGAUGAGCCCGAGCCGACCGGCCCGAGCCACGUUCCACGGAAUUUCAAUCCCAACUGGCAACCUCGGCUGAACCACCAGCCUAGGAACCAGCAGAAGAAGCAUGCUAACUUACCCAGAAAUACCCAAGCCAAUGGUCACCAUCCCAACCAGAACAACCACCCUAACCGCCCUAAGCACCCUAACCUGAACAGACCGAACAACUUGAAUAAUCCGAACAACCAGCAGUAUGUAUCCGAUGGACCUGCUAAUCGUCCGCUGAACAAUGGUUUCAACGGCCCCAAGGGUCCUGCUAAUCAUCCGCUGAAUAACGGGUUCAAUGGACCAAAAGGACCUGCUAAUCAUCCGCUGAAUAACGGGUUCAAUGGACCAAAAGGACCUGCUAAUCAUCCACUGAAUAACGGGUUCAAUGGACCAAAAGGACCUGCUAAUCAUCCACUGAAUAACGGGUUUAAUGGUCCAAAAGGACCUGCUAAUCACCCGCUGAAUAACGGGUUUAAUGGUCCAAAAGGACCUGCUAUUCACCCACUGAAUAAUGGAUUCAACGGACCCAAGGGGCCCAAAGGAUAUAAAGGUCCAAAUGUUCCCAACCCUCCAAAGGCUCAAAAGGUUUCAAAAGGGCCAAAGCCACAAAACCAGCCCCAAAACCCCAAACCACACCCAAAACAAGGUAAGCAAGGUAAACAAGGUAAGAAGGGUAAACAGGGUAACAAGCAUCCAUCUACUAGUAACCAGGUGGGUCAAAUUAAUGUUCAAAGAAGUCCAAGCAGUCGAAGUCUCUCGCCCACGAGCAGUCAAAGUAAUGUUCAUGGAAAAAGACCUAGGAUUAUAGAUCACCGUUCUUUCAGCGACAGUGAGGAGCCUGAAAGUCAUGAAGCGGGACCGUUGCUUAAAAAGAGGAACGUAGAGAAGGAAAGCAACGUUGUAUCCCCCUCAAGCACUGAUCAGGAAAGCAGUGGACAAGCAGAACCAAACACUAAUCAAGGUUCACCUAAGACAGGGCCUGUUCCAUCAAGAGUUGUCAAUGUAAGGCCUGCUUCUACUCCACCUCCUGUGAGAGUAUCAGAGCCAUUACCAGACUUUGUCAGUCUCAAUGACGUUGACGACGGCUCAAGCUUUGUCGCAAAGAAAAGAGAUGCUCCAGUCGCUACUGCUGAAACAGAAACUCAAAGCGACACCAAAAGCACUGAAAUGGAAACCAAAUCUGAAAAUGAAGCCGGAAGUACGUAUGCUACUGGUGCUAAUAUGAAGAAGGUAAAUCGAGCAAAAAGAGGAUCUAUACUGUCAAACAGUUCUAUGGAGAUCGAAGACCGCUCAGAUCUGGUCGAGUCGGACGACACUCCUCCCGUCGUCCAAGCCAGUAUAGAACCAGGGCCUGUAUCAUGUGAGAUCAAUUUUGAUUAUAUCCAACCGUCUCUGGUUCAUGAAGUCAUACUUCAAAAAUGGCUCAAGUUCCUGUUCUCUACAGGCAGCCAAAUACAUAUAGUAGGGGAGUUAGGUCUCCUCACAGACUUCGUUGCGAAACCUAAGAAGAUCAAAACGCUUUUUAGGACAGUGAUCUCGCCUGGUUACGGUACCUUAUUUGCCGAGACUAUCCAAGGUGACAAGAUUAAGAUGGAGAAGGUGUACUACUUAGAGGGCUGCCCUUGCGUGUUUCGUGGAUUUGACACCUUCACUAUAGACUUGAAAGAAGCUAAGAUCUUUAACAAAGAUAACAAGCUCGUUGGAGAAGGGAACAGCCAGGAGGGAUAUGUUCUCAAAUUGAAAUGUGACUUUUCACCAUAUGACAGACCAUAUUUCUGGGACUCACGCUUACCGAUUGAAGAACCCAUAUCCAUUUGA